CCCGUCGGUCCUCAGCGUCCCUCCCAUUGGCUGCGGCGGGAUGCUCGGUUCCUCUCCCGCUCCCACAAGCCUCAAAUGCAACCGGAGCCGCCGGAGGUUCACAAUGGAGAGAGAGGGAAAGAGAGAGAGGGAGGCUUCACCUGUAGAUAUUUGACAAUCGCCCGUAUCUCUCUGAAACUAUUUUGAAGCGUAACUCUGCGCGCUCUGGAUUUCGCGUCGCUGCGCAGUCACUGGAAAUAACAUUACUGCGUGUUUUUUUCUUCUUUUCCUUUUAUCGUUAUUAUUAUUUUGCGGGCGACGAUCGCCACGCGCUCCUGUUUGACGGGAUCCUGCAGGCUGUAUGGAGGGAUGUCGGCAUGGCUUGUACCAGGAGAACCAAAACUUUGGUGUCCACAUGCGUAAUCCUGAGCGGCAUGACCAACAUCGUGUGCCUGCUCUACGUCGGAUGGGUCACGAACUACAUCGCCAACAUUUACAUCAAGGUCCCGAUGCCUCUGCCGGAGGGAAAGUUGGAAGGCGACAAGAGGGGUGACACUCUCCGGAUCAUGGAGAGGCUCGAUCGGCUGGAGAACGUGGUCAACCAGCACAUACAAGAGACCCCAGGCAGGGGCGAGGACGGCCAGCCGGACACGUCAUUUUCCGACUCGUCACUGUUUGCUCACUGGGGUCAGGAGCUCGGUCCAGACAACCGGCGGGUGGCUCUGAAGAUGUUCCAGUACUAUGGAUAUAACGCCUACCUCAGCGAUCGCCUCUCCCUAGACAGAUCAAUACCAGACCUCAGGCCUGAGGGGUGCAGAAACAUCACCUAUCCUUUAAAUCUCCCUCAAGUGAGCAUCGUGUUCAUUUUUGUGAACGAAGCCUUGUCUGUCAUCCUGCGGUCCAUUCACUCGGCCAUCAACAGGACGCCCUCCCAGCUCCUCAAAGAGAUAAUCCUGGUGGAUGACAACAGCAAUAACAAUGAGCUGAAGGAGAAGCUGCAGGACUUUGUGUCUGAGACAAACAGCCAGCGUCCAGGUUUCAUCAAGAUGGUGCGGCAUACCAAGCAGGAGGGUUUGAUCCGGUCCAGAGUGAGUGGGUGGAGAGCCGCCACUGCCCCAGUUGUUGCCCUGUUUGAUGCCCACGUCGAGUUCAGUGUCGGCUGGGCUGAACCCAUUCUGCAGAGAAUUAAAGAGGACAGAACUCGCAUAAUCUCUCCGUCAUUCGAUAACAUCAAGUAUGACACAUUCGAGAUUGAAGAAUACCCGCUGUCGGCCCAGGGCUUCGACUGGGAGCUUUGGUGCCGCUACCUCAAUCCGCCCAAGUCCUGGUGGCACCAGGGCAACAGGAGUGCACCAAUCCAGAGCCCGGCACUGAUUGGCUGCUUUGUGGUGGAUCGGCUGUACUUUGAGGAGAUUGGUCUGCUGGAUGAAGGGAUGGAGGUGUACGGGGGAGAAAAUGUCGAGCUGGGCAUCAGGGUGUGGCAGUGUGGGGGCAGCGUGGAGGUGCUGCCGUGCGCUCGCAUCGCCCACAUAGAGCGCGCUCACAAACCCUACACCGAGGACCUGACGUCUCACGUGCGCCGCAACGCCCUCCGAGUGGCGGAAGUCUGGAUGGACGAGUUCAAGAGUCACGUGUACAUGGCCUGGAACAUUCCUGUGGAGGAUGCAGGGAUUGAUAUUGGCGACAUCUCUGAGAGGAAGGCUCUGAGGAAGCGGCUGCAGUGUAAAACCUUCCGCUGGUACCUGGUCAACAUUUACCCUGAGAUGAGGAUGUACAGCGACACCAUCGCAUACGGAGUACUGAAAAACUCCCUGAAGAAUGAGCUGUGCCUGGACCAGGGGCCGGACAACGACAACGUGCCCAUCCUCUAUCUCUGCCAUGGGAUGACUCCACAGAACGUGUACUACACCAGUACGCAGCACCUCCACAUCGGGCUUCUCAGUCCCACCGUGGACGACGACGACAACAAGUGCCUGGUGGACGUGAACGGCAGGCCGCGGCUCAUCGAGUGCAGCUACGCCGCGGCCAAACGCAUGAAGCUCCACUGGCUCUUCACUCAGGGAGGAUCCAUUCAGAACAAGAAAUCAAAGCGAUGCCUCGAGCUGGUAGUCAGCAGUGACAAUGAGUUCGGCUACCAACUGGCUCUGCAGAAAUGCACCGGACAGAAAUGGUUCAUUUCAAACGUGCUGUUUAGCAGUUCUCUAUGAUCGACCGCUGAAAGAAGCGCCGGACUGAAUGGGAACCGGGCCGGAGCUGUUUCUAUUGUGUGCACUGGCGUUUGUGAGCGUGAGGAAGCAGGAAAACACUGAAAAAAGUUCACUUGGAGGACCGGGACGUCCUCCGACCAGAGGUCGGCGUCACAUCGCAAAUGUUAAACAUUUUAUUUUGCCUACAGGAUCAGCCAUAACUGGCUGAUAUUUUACAGAUUUAACAAGGUAGGGAAUUUAGUAUAUUUUGUGGUAAAUACCGUGCAGUCAAGAUUUUUGUUUGACUCAAAAUAUAUAACAAGUCUGAAAUGUUUUUGUACAUUGUUCACAUUUGCUACUGUGUAGCAAGCUUUUCCACCAUGUCCCUGCUGUAAUUAUUUAAUUUUAGUGUCUCAGGUUCCUAGGUUUAUUAUGCGAUUCAACUGUAACAUUGUUGGAAAUGUUGGAAUAAAUCUUGAUAUUUUCUAUAUGUAAAUAUUUUGAAUAUUUGUAAUAUAUAACAGUAAAAUUACAGAUGUUAA